UAAAAGGAAAUAAAAAGUCUACUUAAUCUUAGAGGUGAUCAACCUACAUCUAAAAGUCUGAAAUUUGAUUAUCCUCUUUCAGUAACAGAAUCAAAAUAAUUAUAAGCCAUAGCAUUUCCCAGAUCAUUACAGGCUCAGCUGAUACUGAUAGCUUCUCCAUUAGACAGGCUGGCCGGGACACACAUUCUGCUCGGUGGCCCUCUUGCUGCCUCCCAUACAGUCACAACUGUAAUGAUGGAUCUGUUUUCUUGGCUGGAUUAGUCUAAAUGUGUCAAACUAGUAUUUUCAGCUCUCUAUAGUCUUUUAAAUAACGAGUGCUGUACAACUUCUAUGUAAAAUGAUUUUUUAUUUCAACUUGAAUCUUUUUCCAACUCUAAAAGAAUACCUUAAGGAUUCAGAAAGGGCCUUCUAGCUGAUGUUAUUACUUAACACUAGUCAUAAUUUUACCUGCAUUUUUCAGGACCUUCUCCAGCUUCCUUGACUAGCAGUAGUAGAAUUAUAGGCAAGAUUACAAACAGUGGGGUGUACCAAAGUUUGGUUAUUUUUCUUGGUUUCUUUCCAUCCUUAAUUAUAUGAAUCUUUUAAGCUGUUGAACCAACAUUUUUAGAUACUUUUAAUUCUAGAAAAGUCCAGUCCGAAAGAAUAUUUGUUGAUUUAAUUUUUAUAAUAACAGGCAUUUUAUUACAGCUCCAUUGAAUGAAUUAUUUCACACUUAGUUUACUGAAAGUUGUCAGCUUUCUGUUGUGAUAUUGCAAGCUUGCAUGCCACUUCCCAAGGGAGCUCAGUGGUACUUGUAGGGAAGACCUCUAAGAUGUGAGCUUCUGUACUAUGAGUGUGCAGGGCCAUAGCUGCAUCUGAGUGCAUGUGAGAAGAUCUGAGCUAAGUAACCAUUCAGUGUAUUUUAGCCGUCCCCAUUAUUGGCUUUGUGUGAGUGUGUGUGUGUGUGUAUGUGUGUGUGUGUGUGUGUGUGUGUGUGUGUGUGUGUAGAAGCAUAAGCUUUCCACAAACAUGCCUCUGAAUGUACAGAAAGGAUCCAUGUAAUGAGUUCUGUGAUUUUUAUCUUUGAUUCAGCAUGAGUGCUAUCGUCCUGCUUUCCGUGAUUUUUGCUCUUGCAUUUGGGCAAGCAGCAUCAUUUUGUAUUCCAACCGAAUAUACAAUGUACGUGGAUAGGAGAGAGUGCGCCUAUUGCCUGGCCAUCAACACCACCAUCUGUGCCGGGUAUUGUAUGACAAGGGAUAUCAACGGCAAGCUGUUUCUUUCCAAAUAUGCGCUCUCCCAGGAUGUUUGUACGUACAGAGACUUCAUCUACAGAACUGUGGAGAUACCAGGAUGCCCACGCCAUGUUGCUCCUUAUUUCUCCUACCCUGUUGCCAUAAGCUGCCAGUGUGGCAAGUGUAACACCGACUACAGUGACUGCACACACGAGGCCGUCAAAACCAACUACUGCACCAAGCCACAGACAUUCUAUCUGGGGGGAUUUUCCGCCUAACUUUAACAGUCCUGCCACUUGCAAUCUGGUUAAAUG